CGCACCUUAUACGCUGUUUGCUCACCGCCCAGAAGAAAAACAGCAGCACGGAUGUCAUUAUGUUUCUAAUAGACCUAUAGACACAAUCAUCUGCGCUUCUCAUCGCUUUGUGCUCCUUCACACCAUGGCAGCGUCCGGCUUCAUCCUGGUGAUCCUCGCGGUGACUCUGUGGCCCGGAGACUCCAUGUUCAUCACAGACCCGCUGUCACUUAUCAGACAGAAAUUGCUGACAUUAGAUAUGUGUUCAGAGUGCAGCCAGGUCAUCCAGCUGUCCGCCAACAUGAUUUCCAGCAGAGACACCAAGGAGACUGUAUAUGACACCUUACAUGCUCUGUGCCAACGCCUCCCAAAAGAACAGGCCUCAAAGUGUGAUUCCCAGGUGAAGGCGUAUUUGCCGAAAGCCCUGCAUCAGACACAUGGUCAGCUGAAACCAGGAGAAACCUGUAUGGUUUUUGGACUUUGUGCCGGCCACAAGGAGGAACUGCUUAAACUUCCCGACCACACCACCGAUACAGACGCAUCCGGUUCUGCACUCGGCUCAGCCACCAGAAGCCAAGGGCAGUUCAACCCAGCUUGCACCCUGUGUUUGUAUAUUAUCAAGAAACUGGAGACCCUGUUGCCCACAAAUAGGACUGAGGAUGCUUUGAUGAAGCUCAUGGGAGAGGUCUGUGAUCUCGUACCACAGAGCUAUAAGGACCGAUGUGAUGAGUUUGUCGAGAAAUAUGGCACACAGAUAGUGGAAUUCCUCUUGUCGUCUGCUGCACCUCACACAAUAUGUACCCUUUUGCACCUCUGUUUGUUCAAGGAGCAGCCUGCUCCCGAGUUGUUCCUCCCUUCGGAUUGUGAGUCUUGCCGCACGCUGGCUGUGCUGAGCCGACUGCACCUGGGUCUCAACGCCACCGAACCUCAAACUUCCUCUUUCCUCCAGUCUGUGUGUGACCAUCACCCCAAUGCCAUCCCCAAGUGUGGGGCUUUCGCCGAAAUCUACGGCUCCCGACUGCAGAAGGUUUUGGGAAACCAGAUGGACACUCCACAUGCUUGUGAAAGAGCUGAUCUGUGUGUUGCCGUGAAGAAGUUGGAGCCGCUGGGAAAGAAUCGUUGUACCUGGGGGCCGAGCUACUGGUGCAAAGACAUUGAAACUGCCCAGAAGUGUGGUAACCAAGCCUUCUGUGAGAAGUACAUGUGGAAGGAGUGAACCGCACUGACUGUUUGAGACCACAAAAAGAACCACUUUGUUUUUACAAACGU